UUUAUCGGCGGCUCCAUCCGGUGUCAGCUCUGUUUUCCAUCUGCUCUGAGCUGCUUCGUGCUGAAACUCUCUUUACUUCCACCUCAGCGCCUCAUUUCAUCCAGAAAACUUCCCACCCGCGCCGCUAAACGCGUCCGGGGGAGUCUCGCUGCUUCCCUCCGGUCCGGACGUCCGAGCUGCCGCCGGCGGGCUCCGGUGUUAGCUGGAGUGGUUAGCCUGCAGCCCGGAGCCGCUCAUUAUGGCGACGGAGAACACGGAGACCAACGGGGACACCGGACCGUCCUCCGAGUCCAACGAGCACGACUACGCGCACACGGCGGACGCUAACUUCGCCUCCUCCGGUACACCGACCGAACCGGAGCAGAGCGCGCCGGUGCAGCCCUCCGCCUCCCUGCCGGUGGAGCAUCCAGAGCCGGCGGUGGGCGCGGAGGUGGACUGCCCCGGAGGGAACGACGCGGAGCCCCAGAAGACCGUCUUGGCGCCUCCCGCCGUGGGUCGCGGUCCCUCGCGGCGGCCCCGGAGACCGGAGGACAGAAACUGCUCCUGCUGCAAGCUGCAGUUCGAGCGGCAGGGCCGGUCCUUCAACCGGAGGGCCGUGUACACCUUCACCACCCCGGACACCGUGCACUGGGCCUUCCCGGGAUCCGUGGUCCACGAGAAGUCCUUCCUCUGCGAAACCUGCGCUCAGGUGGUCCGGAGCAAAUGUAAACGGAAACAGAGCGGGAAGAGGUCUCUGUGGCUGAAACCCGCCGUGACCAAGCAGUCUCAGGUGAAGGAUAAGAAGAUGUCGGGUCGCAGGAUGGGGAAGAAGAGCAAGGCGGCGCUGCUGGUCAGCAAGUCCAGCUACAAGGCGGCGUUCCACAUGCUCUGGUCUGCCAAAGGAGCCCGCAAACCCAUGAUGGACUUCUGGAGCAAAAUGCUGAAAGAGGAGAUGAAGACUCUGUCUCGGCAUUCGGACAGCCCCUUCCACCAGAAGGUGUCAGGCAGGAAGCCGCUGUCGUCCUUCCCCUGGCGUCGCUGUCUGAACUGGGCUCAGGACAAAGCUCCGCUGGUCACCACCUGCCUCCGCUCGCUGUUCCCCGACAUCAACGCCCUCUUCAAGAGCAACCACCAGCUGACCGAGGAGCAGGCCUUCACGCUGCUGGAGCGCCGGACCGUGGUGGCGCUGUCCAUCCCGCUGUUCACCAGGAACAUCUGGAAGAACAACUUCAUGCAGGCGGCUCUGGGGGCGGAGCUCCGGCUGCAGGGCUGCUCAGGCUCCGCCCUCGACACCCUCAACACCAUGGGGCUCUGUCAGAACAAGGACACCGUCAGGCUGCUGCUGCACCGGCUGCGCAACGGCAAGGAUGCGUCGACGCAAGACGGAGAAGCGAUGACCAUCAAACAAGAACAGCUGAAAGAACAGAUGGGAGAAGCCAUGACGGACGUGGAGGAGGAUGAAGAUGACGAAGAGGAGGAUAAAGACGAGGACGACGAGGAGGAUGAGGAGGAGGAAGAAGAGGAGGAAGAGAUGGUGAUGGCAGUGGAGGAGGAGGUGGAAGAAGAAGAAGUGCAGGAAGGGGUUCAGGACGAAGACGAGGAGGAGGAGGAGGAGGAGAAGGAGAAGAAGAGGAGGAGGAAGAAGGCGAAGAAGCAGAGGAAGGAGGAGAAGAGGAAGGAGCGAGGCAAACGGAAGGCGAAGGAGCGAGUCGAGGAAGAGGAGGAGGAGGAAGAGGAGGGUCCGGAGGGGCAGAAGAAGAGGAGGGUGGUGGUGGUGAGGCUCGGCCUGCUCAAGGGACACUCGGAGGUCGGCCGAUCCGACCUAUCGGCUCCCUGACGCUCCGCAGGCCCCGCCCCCUGAUGGGACACGCAUCCUCCAAUCAGAGAGCUGCAACCGAGGCCCCGCCCUCUUCCACCACGCAUUCCGAGGCAUUCUGGGAGUCAUAGGAGGUCAGUAACUGCAGGGAAGCUGACGAGAUUUACCUCAAAUUUUCAAUCAAGUCGGAGCCUCUUUAUUUUAGCUGUAAUUAUCAGCAGGGUCAUUCCAGAUAAAACCUAAAAAUUUGAUAAAAGUUCCCCUUAAUCCCCCCAAAAUCAGGUGAUUUAUUAUCUACAAUAACUUUAGUUUAUUAAAUGAAAACAUGCAAAGUUUUACCUUUAUACUAUGAAUAUUUUCAGAGCUACAGGACCUUAAAGUACAUAGAAGUUUGUUUUUUUCCCCAUCAUUUCUGAGUCUCAGAACUUCAUCAGAUCAGUUUUACAUCCACUAAAGGUGUCACAGUCUCAACACCAAAUUAGCUUUUUGUCCAUUUUUUUUUCUAUAACCAACUCUGAGCAUCAGUAUUAUGGAAUGCAUCGUAGUUUUAACAGUUAAACGGCAGUUUAUAACUGAGUUCCAGAAGCAGUCAUUGAUGUGUUUCUGCUUAGUUUGUCCAAAAUAGAUUAAAAAAAUGUCCAAAGUGAGUCAAAUAUUGUGAAAAUAGCUCAGACUCAUCCAAACCGCCGUAAAACAACUUUGCAAAAUGACUCAAAAAUUCUCCAGAAUACCUCAAACUUAUCCAAAAUGCCUUGAAAUGUUCCCAGAUUUACUCAAAAACCGUCCAAAAUAAUUCGACCUGCCUUAAAGGCGUUAAAAAUGAACCAAAACUACCAAAAAAAUGUCAAAAAUUACAUCAAAGUUGUCCACAUUUUAAAAAAAGAAAGAAAAUCCAACCUACCUCAAACAUAUCCAAACUGACCAACCUUUCCAAUUAAUUUUAUAACCAACUUUAAGCAUCAGUAUUAUGGGAUGUACCAUAGUUUCAGCAGUUUGUCUAUGAGUCCUAGAAACAAUCAUUGGUAUCCUGGAUGUGUUUCUGUUUGUCCACAAUGAGCCUAAAAUUUACCAAAAAUACCUCCAGAUUUUCUCCAAAGCUUCCCACAUGACAAAAAACUUCCAAAAAUUACUAUUAAACUGUCAAAAGUGGUUGAAAAUGACUCGAAAACAGACUAAAAUGACAUAAAACUGUCCAGAAUGAUUCUAAAUCCGUCCUAAAGAAGUUAACAAUGAAGCAAAAUUACCAAAAGAGACCACAAUCAAUGAAAAAUUAUCAACAAAAAAGGUCCAGAAUGAAUCAAAAAUCAGUUUUAUGACCAACUUUGAGCAUCAGUAUUAUGGGAUGUAUCAUAGUUUGAACAGUCAAACUGCAGCAGUUUAAUGUCUAUGAGUCCUCGAAACAAUCAUCGGUAUCCUGGAUGUGUUUCUGUUUUCUGAUAAUUCACCAGAGAAAGGGCAUUCUGGGUAAACUUUGAAGGCUCAUAUCAGCAUGUUUAUAGGUGGUUGAUCAGAACAAGUUAGACACACUGAAAGGAUCCUUCUUAAAACCUACAUUUUGUUUGUUUUUUGAUAGUUUUGGAGAAGUUUUUGAUCAUUUUGGGUGAGUUUUGGAGGUAUUUUGCACAAUUUUUGAGUCAUUCUGAACAAGUUUAGGGGAAAAAGGUGAAUUCUGUGUAAACCUUGACGGCUCAUGUCAACAUGUGUUAGGUGGUUGGUCAGAACAAUUAUAGACAAUGAAAAGAGCAUUUCUUAGCCUACGUUUUGAUCAUUGUUGAUGAUUUUUGGGCCAUUUUGGAUUGGGCAAAAAUGGAGUAAUUUAGGAAACGUUUCUGAUCAUUUUAGGUGAGUUUUGGGGGUGUUUUGGACAUUUUUGAUUCGUUUUUUCAUAGGUUGUUGGUCAGAACAAGUUCUAGACAAUUACAGUAUCACUUUUUAUUUGAUACAAUUUGAUUAUUUUUGACAAUUUUGGGUCACUUUUGAGAAGUUUUUUGUCAUUUUGGGCAAAAAUAAAGUAAUUUAGGAGACGUUUCUGAUCAUUUGGGGGUGUUUUGGAGAUGUUUUGAGUCAUUUUGCACAUUUUUUGACAGGUGUUUGGUCAGAACAAGUUCUAGACAAUGAAAGGAUCAUUUUUAUUUGAUACCAGAGUCACCUUCUAGACACGAUUCACUCUGAUAUGAUCACAUUCUGACUUUGCUUGAUGCAUCUUCUGGCUCUACAAUGCUGAAACAAUUUGGGGUUCUCAUGUUUUACAGAUUACUUUGGAUAAAUUCGAUUUAUUAGACCAGUUUACGUCAUUCAGAGCGUGUUGAGUCAUUAGAUUAUCCUCUGAUGGUGUUCAGUUCUGGUUCUAUCAAACAUUUAUCUUUCCUACACAAAAUAGAAUCUCAAACUUUACAUUUUGCGAGUGUUAAAAUAUGAUUAUAUCAGCUAAUUAUUUCAACACAGAAGGAAUCCUGGUAUCAAGAUGUAACCACAGAUGAGCGAUUAUUAAUGGAAUGACCCGAUAAUUUGCUUUAGAAUGAAAUAUAAAGUCGACCAAAGAGAUCAGAGCUGAGAUCGUCUUAAACUAAAGGUAAAUGUCAUUUUUCUACAAGAAAAGAGCCCAAAUGUAUGUUUUUUUGCUAAUAAACUACAUUUAAUGUCUUCUAUAUUUUUGUAAACGUUAUUCACAUCACAUUGCGGCCCCUGUUUCAAAUGUAAAAUCUACUUUGUACUUGAAAUUUAAGACGUAAAAUGAACUUAAACUAUGAUUUAAAGGCAACAAAAAGCGCAACAUUAUAAAUGUAGAAGGUAAAAACCAAUAGUUGAUUAGUUCAGUUGCGCUUUUCUUCCUGAAAUCUGGAUUUUUACUGGAUCUCGAGACGUUUCCCUGCAGUCACAGUUACACUUUGGGAUGUUGGUGUAACGUUAGAGGAGAUGAAAGCUGCAGUUUUUGGCCGGAAAAUCUCCAAAAAACAAACGGUCGGCGCUGAAACCUGUCAAAGGUAAAUGGACGCUGAGUUUCUCCGGCUGCUGGACUCGAUCCGAGGAGGGGAAAAGAGUUUAUGAAAACAGAAAACGGUUCGAACGCUGCGACGUCUGGAAGCGUCGACACGUUUCUGCUGAGAAAAGGACCUGUUUUUGUUUUUGCUUUGUUUUUUUACGGCUUCGUUGGACUUCGUGAACCAACAGAAGAAGAUCGAAGGCUUCGGAGUUUGAGCCUCGAGUGCAGAUUUGCUUAUGUGAAGCUUGAAAAUGCUGUCUGACGAUAUAUCCCCUGAAAUACUAUUAAAACAGACUUUGAGAGAU